UCACUGUUCCAAUACUUUUGGAGGGCACUGUAUAUAUGCAAAUGAGAAAAUCUGAACUUUACAUCAACAAUACUGAAAGAAGGCAUAAACAUACUAUACAAAUGAACAUGUACAACAAAACGUUAUUUAAUAAUAGCAUUUUUAACGUUUACCCGAGCUGUUGGAUGCACUCACUGCAUUUGUUUCAAAAUGUAUUGUCCCUUUGCCAUGCACUAAUGAAACACUAGCAAUGUAAAGAGGCCCUAUAUACAAUGUAAAUAUCAUUAACCAUCAUUUCUCUCAUGUGUACACUGUGAAGAAGUAUCAGGUCCUAUGUGGUCUGACGGAGUACUAUCAGCUGUGAAAACAAAGAAUUUUGGCAGAAUUGUUGAAAAGCAAAAAAGCAUGUAACAUUUCACCGCUAGGUGGUGUACAUUGCAUGUAAAAAAGCAGUAUGGCAGUACUUCCAACUCUGUAUGUUCACUUUUUGUUUGGGUUAGAUUAGAUUUGUGGCCAAAUAAUUGAGAUUGCCACACACAUGAAUCUGGAGGAUUCCCAAUCUCCAUCUGCUCUGAAUUCUACAGCUGCUAAAUCUGGAGCACAUGUUCUGUGUUACGGAAAAAUGACUUACAACUUACAGAAGUUUGGGGUUCACAAAGGUGACUCCCUCCGUACUUCUGUGAAAAAACUGCAUGUCAUCAAAAUGACAAAUGUCCCUCAGACAGCAUGCCUUCUUUGCUUCCACAUGUUUUUUUUUCUCACCAUGCAAGUAUGUCUAAAGGUAUAAAGACAAAAAAAAUAUUACAAACUACAAAGACAAUUUUAAUAGUAUUCUGACUGGCCAAAAAGUCUGUGUCAAAUAUGAACACACACUAUAAUGAAGCUGCUACAGGAAUAUAUGGUCAUAGAGGGAGGUUGGUCUGACUCCUUGCCAUCCUUCUAGAGCAGUGAGGUAUUUAAACUCCCUCUCUGCAAGCCUGCUCCCAUUACUCUGGUUUUGUUAGGGCCAGUUGAGGGACUAAGGAUGAAGCUCUUUUUUGCAGCUGCCUUUGCGUUCUUUGUGCUGUCUGCCUUUGAUAGGGCUGAUUCUUCUGCUUAUGACAAAAUUGUGACACACAGCCGGAUCAGGGCUAAAAAGGAAGGCCCCAAUGUCUGCGCUCUCCAGCAAGUCAUGGGGACCAAGAAGAAGUACUUCAGUACUUGCCGUAAUUGGUACCAAGGGGCCAUCUGUGGAAAGAAAGCGACUGUACUGUAUGAAUGCUGCCCUGGAUACAUGAAGCUUGAUGGUCUGCGUGGUUGCCCAGCAGUGGCCCCAAUUGAUCACGUGUAUGGUACUCUGGGAUUGGUGAAGGCCUCCUUAACCCAAGAAUACUCCGACAUUUCCAAGCUGAGGGUUGAAAUUGAAGGAUCUGGAUCUUACACUUUCUUUGCUCCCAGUAAUGACGCUUGGGAUCUUCUGGAAGAGACAGUGAAGAGUGCCUUGGUCAGCAACGUAAACAUAGAGUUGUACAAUGCCCUGCACUACCACAUGGCCAACCAACGUCUCCUGACAAAAGAUCUGAGGGAUGGCAUGACUGUCACCUCAAUGUACAACGACCUGGGCCUCUACAUCAAUCACUACUCCAAUGGGGUGGUCACUGUGAAUUGUGCCAGGAUCAUCCAUGGUAACCAGGUGGCAACCAACGGUGUGGUGCAUGUCAUUGAUCGAGUCAUAACUGCUGUUGGCAACACCAUCCAAGAUGUCAUUGAGGUUGACGAUGAUCUGACAUCACUGAGUGCUGUUGCUGUGGCUUCUGGCUUGCUAGACAAGCUGGGUGAGCCAGGACAUUACACCUUGUUUGCCCCUACUAAUGAAGCCUUUGACAAGCUGGACAAUGAUGUACUGAAAAGACUCAUGAGCGACAAGGGUGUCCUCCAAGCACUGCUGAAUUUCCACCUCCUAAACUCUGUCCAGUGUUCUGAGGCCAUCAUGGCUGGCACCUCCUUUGAGACCCUUGAAGGUCACAACAUUGAGAUUGGCUGCAACGGAGACACCCUCACUGUCAAUGGUAUCACGAUGGUACUGAAGAAGGACAUUGUCACCACAAAUGGUGUCAUCCACCUGAUCGACCAAGUGCUCAUGCCUGACUCUGCCAAGCAGGUUAUGGAACUGGUGGGCAGUUCUCAAUCCACCUUCGGUGACAUGGUUUCUGAGCUGGGCCUAUCUGCAGCCAUGAGCCUAGAGGCUGAGUACACUCUGCUGGCUCCGAUGAACGCAGCCUUCACUGAUGAGGUUAUGUCAAUGGACCAGAGGUAUCUCAAGGUUAUUCUGGAGAACCAUAUUCUGAAAGAAAAGAUCGUGCUUGGACAGUUGUACAAUGGCCAGCGUCUAGAGACCAUUGGAGGGAAGUUCUUAAGGGUCUUUGUUUAUCGCACAGCUGUCUGCAUUGAGAAUGCCUGCCUGGUGAGAGGCAGUAAGGAGGGGAGUAACGGAGCUCUCCACCUGAUGAAGAUGCUGAUUAAGCCUGCUCAAGCCAGCAUGUUCCAGAUCCUCACUGACAACGGAGGCUUCAAGAUAUUCUUGUCCCUGAUGGAGGCUGCAGGCUUGACUGACCUGCUGAAGCAGGAGGGAGAUUUCACUCUGUUUGCCCCUAGUGAUAAAGCCUUUGCUGGUGUGGGAGACGGGGAUCUAGCCUUACUGAAGGGAGACAUGAAUGCCUUGAGGACCGUCCUACUUUAUCACUUCAGUAAUGGUGUCUUUAUUGGCGGAGGUCUGGAGCCUGGAGUGACCAACCUUUUGAAGUCUCUUAUGGGCAGCAAUCUUCGGGUGCUCUCUGCAAACAAUACUAUAAAGGUUAAUACUAUCAAGGUUCCUGAACAUGAUAUAAUGGCUACAAAUGGAGUCCUUCACUUCACAGAUAGUCUUCUGUAUCCUGCAGACCAGCCUGUUGGAAGCCAGGAUCUCCUGGGGCUCCUGAAAAGGCUCAUCAUGUACAUCCAGUUCAAGUAUGUGUCAGGAUUCAGAUAUAAAGAAAUUCCCCUUACCUUCAUGAGGUCCUCUAUCACCAAGGUGACCAGGGUUAUUGAAGGUCAGCCGACUAUCACCAAGGUGACCAGAGUCAUUGAAGGUGAACCGUCUAUCACUAAGGUGACCCGGGUCAUUGAAGGUGAGCCGUCUAUCACCAAAGUGACCAGGGUCAUUGAAGGUCAGCCGACUAUCACCAAGGUGACCAGAGUCAUUGAAGGUGAACCGUCUAUCACUAAGGUGACCCGGGUCAUUGAAGGUGAGCCAUCUAUCACCAAGGUGACCAGGGUCAUAGAAGGUGAACCGUCUAUCACCAAGGUGACCAGGGUAAUUGAAGGAACCGACCUCUCUGAUUUUUCCACUAUUCAGGGUAACCCUGAACUGCUUGAAAUGGACCCUGACAAGAUAGCAAAGAUUAUUCAAGAGGGAACUGGUAGGCGGGUAACUGGGAGAAGAGUUCAAGCUGGACAAAGAAGGAGACUUUCCCCGCCACCCACUGAGGAGAGAACAUAAAUAAACCAGGACACUGAUGACUUCACAAAAGUAAAAUACAGAGACAGACAAUCCCCAUGGUCCCCAUAGUAGGUCUACACUUACAGCUAUUUUGUGUUUGAUAUUCAGUAAUACUUGGUUAUAAUGGUGACAGAAGCAAUUGUAGGAGUAAUAUAAUUUAAAAAAUCACCAGGUAAUGUAAAUAUUUUACAAACAUUUGUGGUAGAUUGUGUUCAACAUUGGUCGAAAAAACUAAACUAAAUCCAAAAUAUAUAAAACCAAGCUACAUACUGCAAUAGAAGACUUACGAGGAGUGUGAUUUAAACAUGAAUGCUUUUUAAAAGAUUCUCUGUUGAUCUCAGCAUGGUCAUUGUUUGUAUUUUGCUUCUUAUUUUUCGAAAUGUAAGAUUCAUCUAAUCUUUUUUUUUUAAUGUUACCAGAAAUAGUUUCACCCUAAACUUGAUGCUAAGUCUUAGUUUUAGAUAAUCAGUAUGGGUGCUUUUUGCUUUCACCACAAACUGUAUUCUCUGGUCAUGCAAAUGUUUAUCUUUUACUUUGUGUUGUUUUAAAUAUUUACAUUUACAUUUAGUCAUUUAGCAGACGCUCUUAUCCAGAGCGACUUACUGUAAGUACAGGGACAAUCCCUCGAGGCAAGUAGGGUGAAGUGCCUUGCCCAGGGACACAACGUCAUUUGGCACGGCUGGGAAUCGACCGGCAACCUUCUGAUUGGUAGCCCAAUUCCCGAACCGCUCAGCCAUCUGACCCAACUAUUUCAUGUGCAACAUUUGUUAAAUAUCUUUUGGUAGCAUUUUUACUGUGGUUUGCAAACAUUUAUUAAUAAACUGUAAUCUGUGUAAUAAAUAUGUCAGCAUGGGUGUUUCAACCAUUUUAACUGAUUUAAUUCUCAGACUCACAGCAUAAAAUAAGAGAUAAUCAUUGUUGAUGUCCUAGAUCUCCAGAACAUGUACAAUUCAAACAACAACCACAACAUUAACGGCUGACUUGAUUUCAAGGCUUAUUCCAUCCAUAAACCAUUUUGGGAUAGCAGUCUUUUAUAUAUAUAUUUUUUUCCACACUUUAGGUAACGAAAAAUAGGAGAACAAAUUCACAUAAUCAUCUGCAUAAUCAACAACUGUUAUCUUAUUAGGUUUUUCUUGUUUAAGUUGAUACUGCACUUUGUUUGUAACAAGGAUAGUUUUUCAUGGGUUUAAUAAAAUUCAGCAAGAAUUGUCAA